GGCCAGCAUACCAAGUAGCUGUAGUUUAAGUUGCUGAUUCUGUGCUUAAGAAAGCCACAGCACCGUCUGAAUGUCCUCCUUUCGCACCCAUGAGCAGUUUCCCAUCCGUUUUGAGGCGACCCAACACUGAGAACACUUUUCAUAUCCAUUAAGGUGCUGUCUGAAGCCAUGGACCAAGGUCAUUUGGGAGAUGUCUGCGGGGGCUCGGACAAGGUUGCAUGCGGAUCUCCCAACUCGUUUACCGUGCUUCAUGAAAAAGCACUGAGCCAACAAGUUGUGCUGGGAUGUUGGUGCCCCACGAUGGAUUUACUUGCGCUGGUGAGCGACGAUGGACAGCUUGGUGUGCAUCGCUUGGAGUGGCAAAAGCUAUGGGUGGCGUGUCCUGAUGCUCCCAUUACAGCGCUCUGCUGGCGUCCCGACGGCAAAAUCCUUGCCACCGGUCACCGCCACGGCGCCGUGUCGCUCUACAACGUGGAGGCGUGCGAGCUCUUCCGCACCCUCCGCCCGCCGCACACAGCGCCCAUUUGCCACCUCAGCUGGGUGCAGGGCAUACCGCCGCACCCCGCAACCGCAACCCCAAACCUGCACCUUGCCUACCGUUACCGCCACACGCGCUUCUUCCCUGCGCCCGGUCCAGGGAGAGAGCAGCAGCAAGGGGG